ACAUAUUCCUUUAUAUAUAUGUAUAUUUUGUAAGUUAAUUAUAGCUCGACUGGCACAGCACAACACGAUGAUCUUUCUGCAGCUCUGGUGGACGCUGAUGGUGCUGACAGGCAGCUCCCAUACGGAGCCACCGAAGCAGUUUGCGGCGGACUCAGGCAGCGAGGAGCUGAGCAAUUUUCAUGAUGCCGUAAAUGAGGCACGCGAUCAGCUGCAAGAAAUACACUCGAGCUAUGGACAGGUGCAGAACGCUGACCUGUAUCGACAUCGGCGCAAUAGCAUCGAUGAAUUGCUGGCGAGCUUUGCUCAGGCAGGCAAUAAGGACGCAGCUGAGCAGAAGGAUAGUAGUAAGGCGCAGCCAGAGACGGCGGAUGAUUGGCUUAGUGACUUUGAGGCAAGCUUGGCGCAGGAGCAGCCAGCAGCUCCACUAAGUGCAGCAGCAGCGGAUAAAGGCGCAGCAGCAGCAGAAGGUGCAACAGCAGCAGCAGCAGCUGACAAAGGUGCAGCAGCAGCAGAUGAUGCUGCAGAGGUGAAAGCAGAGCCUGCUGACAAAUACCAGCGCGCCACAGGCAAGGCCAAGUCCAUUGAUCAUAUUAGCUCGUAUAGCAAGGGCUUCGAUCAAACCGAAGUGGGCAAGGUGAAGAAGAAGUACAAGGAGCUAACGGAUGAGAAUCUGCCCGUCAGCCAUUUGCCGAAUAAGCCACAAUUCGAUUUUCUUAGCGGUGGCGCCACCGAGCUGGACAUCAAGCUGCGCCACAUGCAACAGCAACUGAACAAUCAUGAGCUCCAGCAAAGUCGGGACAUUAAAAAGGAUCCCAAGCCGGACCUAGAGCAGGGCCUCAGAGACUAUGGCAAUGAUAUUGUGCCAAAUGGAGUCUAUGAGCAGACGCUGGCUCGCCUACAAUUUCCACGCCUCAAUCCCAAUAAUCUGUCACACGAGGCGAACUAUAAGCUGUCCAAAAUCGAGCAGGAGGCGGCCGAGCAAGCCAACAAGAUGCGCUAUCCCCCUGGGCUGAAGAAGCGCAGCUCCAAUAACGGUUUCAAUCCCAUGAACGAGAUCAAACUGAAGACGAGCAACAGGCUGAUGCUAAAGGGCAUGGGACCAUCGCUGCCCAGCAAUUCGCUCUCUGAUACGCUGCGUGCCAACUAUGUGAACGAUAUAAUCAUGCAGCGUGAGCUGAGGAUGGAGCGCGAACGGGAGAAGGAACGCAAGCAGGAGCAGCAGGAGAACGAGGAGCAAGCGGGUGUCAUGCACUUGCCAUAUGAAUCGCUCAGCUCCAUCGAGGAGAGUUCCAUUCGCGGCCUUGGUGCUGAUAGCAGAGCGAGCUCCAAUUUGGAUGUCUCCAGUAUGCACCUGUUGGACACGCCGCAGAGCUACGACUAUCGCAUGCCCCACUUUGAUCAGUUUAUGGCGUCAAGGCAGCGCGUCUUGCCCAAUCUGCGGGACUAUGCGCAUGCGAAUACCAAACUGAAUUUGGGACGGGAGGGCGAACGCUACAAGCGGCAGCCGGAGACGCAAGAAAAAGGCGAGCUCAAGUUCGCAGAAGCUGAGAGCGAGUCGAGCAUGGAGCAAACGGAAGCGGCCUUGGGCGGGGCCAAAGGCAAAGGCAACGAUAAGCUGCCAGAGGCAGAGGCCAUAAUGGCCAGACUCUCGGCACCGGAGCCUGCCAUAGCUGAUAAAGUGGAGGCCAAGCUGAAGGCAACUGAGGCAAAAGUGGAGAGCCAAGGCGCAGCUCAGCUCAAACCAAAUCAAGAAGCUCAAGCCGCAGCACUCCAGGCCGAAGCUGUUCAAACCAAUAGGCAGUCCACGCAUCAGGAGCAGGUCGAUGCCUCAGUGGAUGCUCAACCGUCGCAAGCUGUCAAUGAGAAUGCCAAACAGACUGAAAUCAACGAGGCGCACUCACAGAUGCUGUCCAAGGUGAAGUCUGUGGAUGAGAAGGACAAAGAAAUCAUGCGGAAUGAAGAGAACUCUCUGAAGACAAAGACCAAGCGUGAAGAGUUGUCUGAGCUGCAUGGCAUGUGCAAGACUCAUCCAGAUGCUGUGAUCAAGCUGCUGGCCAACAAGAUCUCGCAGCAUGAGAAGGAGCGAGAUAAACGCAAUACUAAGCGGAGGAAUAGGCAACGUGGGCUACGUCAAAAGCCCAAUCGCAACGGUAGCAAGCGACGCUGCAAGCGCUCAGUGGAGACGGAGCCACAGGCAAUGCCAGAGGCAAGUGCACAAGGUGAAGAGCAAUCACAAUCCGUUCUGCAAUCGGAGGUACAGUCAAAAGAUCAGACAGAGACACAAGCAAAGUCCGAUGACUCAGAUGAUCGGCUAGGAUUCAAGCUGGAGCUUCAAUCAGAGGCAGUGGAAUCGGAUUCACAAUCUGAUCCAGAGGUGAAGACUCUAUCGGAAAGAGAGAAAAGAUCCCAGCGCUACUCCGAAAUGGAGGCACAGUCGGACUCACAGCUAGACAGCCAGUUGAGAGCUAAAAGAAAUCAUGAUUCAACGCUAGAGCUAGAAUCCGAAGCACAGUCGGAGGGCUUAUCAGAGAUUCAGUCGGAUUCACAGCUAGAGCCCCAUACGAUUUCCAAGAGAUAUCAAAAAUCAGAGCGAGAUUCCGAUAUACAAUUAGAAGAGACUUCCCAUGCAGAUGCACGAAAUAUGUUCGAUUCUCGUUCAGAGCUCUUCAGGUCGCCAUCGCAGUCGGAGUCGGACUCACAAUCCCAAUCCCAAUCAGAUUCGGAGUAUUCUCCGCUAAUCCAACCGAAACUGGAAUUACAGCCAUUGCUAAAUAUAAUGGAUAGUCCAUCGAAAGCAUUAGAUGCCUUCGAGGACCACAAUGGCAAUCGUUUGCAUUAUGGGAACUUGGGCAACGAUCUGUAUCUGGAUUCAGCUAAAAUUGCGGAGGACAAUGAUGAYGAUGAUCUGUCCUAUGAUAGAUCCCGACUGUCCAGUUUCAAAGGCGAUGACCUGACGCAGGAUUCGGGCGCAGUUGACACCAAUAUUUUCACCAAUUCGCGCUACCAGGUGCCCAUGAUGAGUCAGCGUAACAAUCCACAGCCCUACCAGUAUAUGCAACCCUUCCAAUCAUAUAUGCCGCCUCAGCAGCCGCAGCACUUGUAUCCACAGCAGCUGCAACAGUUGCAGCAGUGCCAGCCGCAAGUGGUGCAGCGACAACAGCCGCAGCAGCCCCAACAAUUCCAUAAUCAGCUGCUGACUAACAACUUGAAGUCGAAUCUGAAUUUUACGCAUCUGUUCCAUGAGCUGGCGAAGCUGCAGAAACCGCAAGCGACAACCGCGGCAACAACAACAGCAGCUCCUCCUGCUUCUGCUGCUGCUGGCAGCACCAUGAAUCCCGAUUGUGUUCCUAUUCCAACAGAGAGCACAACUUCGCGCACUCAGUCAAGCACUGCAGCACCCGAUGUCGCAGUCGAUAAUAAUAAUAUUUGCAAUAGACCUGAUGCCGUUAAGCUGAAUGUGUCGCUGAAUGCGAAUGUGUGCACAGAUCCGAAGACGAAUCAAUUCAUUAGCAAUGGUACGAUCAGUGUGCAGCCGAGCGGUUCGCGUAUUAUUUCAUCCUCACUUGUGGACGAGGACUACGGGAACUUGGAUAGAGACGAGCGUUAUUCACGCGAGGCCAUGGAUCGGAACGAAGACGCCAAGCAGCGACGUCAGGAUCGACACAAAAAGAAAGCAAAGAAGAAGGGCAAAAAGGCAAAAAAAGGAGAUGCAAAAGAUGAUAAUGCUAAGAACAAUUCGAACUCCACUUUGAGCUCUUCGAGCAACUCUUCGGACAUACACGUAGAUAUGAAUGAGCCGCAUAAUGAGCACUAUGGCAAGCUCGUCUCUGGCAAGCUAUCCGAUGAUAUAGUUCAUACUGUUUUCAAUAUGGUGAGCAAUGAUCCGAGCAUGGAUGCAUUGGUCGCAGUGCUGGCCAAGAAUCGUAAAUGCGCUGGGAAGGCAGCCAAGAAUUUCUAUCAGAUACGCAACAAUCAGAAUGAGAAGCAGCUGCAGGAGACGGAGUAUAUGGUGCGUCGCACUAUGGAGACGAUUAGCGAUCUGAUUGAUAAGCAAAUGCAAAUGAAGAAUUGUAUGCCAUUGCGACCCGAUCUGGUGGAGUUCUACAAUCUGAUCAUGAAAAAUAUGGCCGAGCAGCAAAAGACGCGCGAUAAACGUGAGGCGAAUCUGCGAUUGCUUGCCCAAAGCAACGAGCAGGCGGACCAAAUUUUGGAGCCGGCUAACAUUGAGCAAAAGUCACGUAUUGUCAAGAAGCUGCUGCGAGAGUUCGAGGAACUGCCUCUCGAGCAGCAGAGGCAGGCGGCCGAUGUGCGGGAUGAGCUGCUCCUGGAUCUCAUCUAUCUGCGCAAAAUGUCCGAUGCGCUGGAGCGGAAGCAGCGCGAUGCACAGCUGGACGGACUGCUGCACAAGGCCAUCGUUACCGAGGGGGCGGAGACAAUACACCAAGAGUUCACGCCGCGCUUCAUCAAGCUGUUCAAGACAGCAGAGAUCUUCAAGGAGGUGGGCGAGCAGCAGGCAAGGGAUUUUAUAGGUCUUUGAGAGGGAGCUGAAAUGAAAUAUAUGUUG